UGUGGUAGAAAUUGGAACUAACCCCAUAGGUCUGCGAAAGAUGUUGGCAGGCAGUGUGUGUGUUGAACUGUACUUAGUCUUAUUCUAUUAACUUAAUUGGUGCUGUUUUAAUGUUUUUAUGUUGAUGAAUGUUAGUUUUAAAAUAUGCAGAAAUUUAUUAGUGCUAUAAAAUUGUGGAUACCGGCCGACGAUUCCUUCACAUCAUUAUACCUUUCAACCUAAACGCAAGCUUAGCCUAGGCCUACCCUAGGUUAGCCUAGUUUCAACUUAUAGUUACGAUAAAUUUCAGAGUUUGAUUAACUAUGUUUUUGAAAUUUGACGGAAUGGAAUACUCAUCACAAAUACAUUAACAUUACUGGUAAAUAAUCAAUAACCAAUGGAUACCGAGAUGGGCGAAGCAGCGGAAGGGACGGAAGUUUUACCGGCACAGUCCGAUGGCUGUGCAAAGGUGAACGGUGACAUGAACGGGGCAUACACGGAGAAGGAGUCUCCGAUGGACGUGUCGGUGGAGGAGGACCGCCCCGCCAAGCGGAUCGCUGCCGCCCCAUUGGAGGAUGUGCCUGACAAACAAGUGCCUGCAACCAAUCCCGAGCUGGACGAGCACAUCUCCAGCAACGGAUUCAGCCACGAUGCCAAGGAGAACGGUGACAGCAUGGAGUGCGACCAAGAGACCCCUAGUGUUGUAAAUAGUACCAGUGCUAAAGACAAUGAUAUUAGUGAAUGUGUUAAUCAAAUAGACAAACCUUCGGAUGAUGCCAACAGUGAAUCCGAACCGAAAUCUUCGGAAAGUGAGUGUACAGACAAUAAAAAACCUGAAGAGAACGGUGACGCUGAAGAUCUCCCCAAAUCCACCAACCUAGACGAAUCAAAAGAAAGUGAUACUAAGUCGGAAACGGAUAAAGUUGAUAGCGAUAAGAGUGAGGAGCCGCCAAGUGAUAGUACAAAGACGACAGGUGAUGACGAGCAACUGAAAGAAGACAAGAAAAGUGAGAAGGAAGAUGGUGGGGAAGAGAAAGAUGGUGAGGGUGAGGAGGAGAAAACAGAGAAGAAGAGUGAGAGUGGGGAAGGUGAGGGCGAUAAGAAUAAAAGUCCCGAAGUGAUAGACAUUGAUGUGACCCCUGAAAAAUCUAAAAAGCCGCGGAAAAGUGUACCGAUCAAUGUGACCCCUAGGCGUAGUUCGCGAAACCUCAACAAGCAGAAGAGCUAUAUUGAGGCUUCGGAAAAUGCUCAGAAUAGCGAUGAUCCCGAUAUUGAAGAGAUCGAGCCGCAAGAUCCACUGGCCCUGGAUCUGGGACCCGAGAGCAGGAAGUCGGCGAAAAAGACGACCAUCGUUGUGAGUGACACAAAGAGGUUGGCGGAGAUCGCAGCGGGGAGUAAGCCGGCGAAAGGCGGCAAGAAGGAGCCGACCUUGGUGAUCAUCGAUACGAACUCGAUCCUCUCGGGGCGGGGCCCAGUGCCAGUGACGGCGGCUAGAGGUGCACCCCCGCAGCAGGCUCACCAGGCUCCCAGCUUCUCUGUGCUACCCGUCACCUCACUCCCCCCUGCCGCCUCACUCUACAACGCGCAGGCGCAGACUCUCCGCAACCAACACACCACCAUCAAACCAGUUGUGGUCGGCUCAUCACCGUCACAAACCACACUCCCCCAAGUCAUGCCCAACAUACCCCAGGCCGCCCCUCCUCCCAAACCUGCACCCAUCGUUCUGCCCUCCCUCACCGACGAUAUGUAUGUAGUGGAGGCCCCCUCUUUCAUUGUGCCCUACGUCUACGAGAAACCCCCCAUCAAGCCUCUCAAAGAGUACAUCGAAACCCUAGACAAAGCCAUCAAAAUGCAGAAGGAGAACGAGAAAAAGGAGAAGGAAGAGAAGGAAAAGCGCGAGAAAGAAAAGAAGGAACAGAAAGAGAAAGAACUGAAGGAAAAGGAGCAGAAGGAAAAGGAAGAGAAGGAGAAAGCGGAAAAGGCGAAAGAGGAGGGUAAAACCGAGGAAGAGGUGGAAAAGAUGGAUGUCGACAACGAAGAAGGAAAAGAGGCGGCGGAGGCAAAAUCCGAAGAAAAAAUGGAUGUCGAUGAAGAAAGUAGUGAGAAGAAAGAUGAAAAGGAAAAGGAAGAGACGACCAAAGACAAGGAAGACGACAGUAGUAGCAGUGUGGAAGAGGUGAAGGUGAAGCCGGCGGAAGUGGAAGAAAAGCCAAAGGACUUGACGAAGAAGGAUAAAGAGGAAAAGCCGACGGAAACGAAGGAGGAGAGUGGCAGUGGUGAGGAGAAGAAGAAGAGCGGAUCGUACUUCGAAAACCCGCUCGGCAAGUUCUUCAUGCAGAUCGGCAUCAACCUAGUACAGGAGCACGUGCAAACGGACCUGCUGCGCUCACAGAAGCGCAAGCGCGAUCGCGAGGGCAGCAAGUGCGCACCCGACGUGCAGGUGGCGAUCAACUCGCUGCUCAAGACACUCGAGUUCAGCAAGGAGAACAACGAGCCGUUCAAGAUGGAGCUCAAAAAGUGCGAGUUCUGCAGCUUUAAAACUGAGUCGCAGCUCGCUAUGGCGCAUCAUCUUGAAACGCCCCAUAUGCGCAACUAUGUCUACAGAUGCAACUUCUGCACACUGGAGGUGCGCAGCCCGCACGACAUCCUGUUCCACAUGGAGGCGGAGCACAACGUACGGGGGCGGCUGGAGAGGGCACCCGCCUUCCACCAGUGCCCCAGCUGCCCCUUCGAGGACAACCAGAAGGGCAAGCUCACCAGGCAUCUGCUCUCCUGCGCCAAGAAGUAUCGGCCCGAACGCAAUCAGGAGCCGCCAUUGGACUGGGAGCCGCCAGCGAAGAUCCCGCGAGUGCCGCGCAACCGGCCGCCGGCCAUGACGCCGGGCAGCGCCGUCUACCAGGCAGCCAUGACAGGCCUCAAGCAGGGACAGAGCGUCGGCACUGUCAGCACCUCGCCGCACCAGCACCCUCUUCUGCCAAAGCUCACUCCAGGUUCUUUGGGCGCAAAUCAGGCGGCAGCGGCCGCAGCAAUGCUGGCGCAGGCGCAGAACGCGAUGAUGGGUCGUGCGCCGGGCGCGUCGAGUGGGCGUGGCCGACCCAACCUGUCCAGUCGCUGGACGCCUGACCUCAGUCGCACCGCCAACCAGAACAUGCUGGUCGCCGCUCACCACAAGGCCAUGGCGCAACAGAUGCGGCCCGGUAUGGUGUACAGACCCUCUGGCUCAAACGCUCAACCUCAAGUGUUGCUGCCCACCUCGUAUCAAAUUGCUAGCAACCAAAUCUAUCAGGUGGUUGGAAAUAAGGACGUGGCCGGGGGUGGGACGGGGGCGGUUCAUGGGGGUGGUUCUCGUCUGCCGCCCCCCUCAGCCCACUCUUCAUCAGGCAACUCCAAUUACAUCACCAUUCAGAGUUCGUCGUCGACAAGCGUGAGCACGUCAGCGACAGGCAAGCCCGGUCAGGCGGCGGCCGCCAAACUGCUGCAACAGCAGCCGAGCAUCUCCAUCACUCCGCUGCCACGACCACACCAGGCCUCCUCCUCCGCCUCCGCCGCUUCCGCCUCCUCCUCCUCGGCGUCGGCCUCCUCCUCAGCCGCCGCCAUGGCCGCCGCUGCCGCCUCCGCCUCCGCACCCACCCACGGCAAGCCCGGCCGACCGCUCGGCAGCGGAAAGGCCACAUUCGUCAUUUGCGAAAUUUGCGACGGAUAUAUUAAGGAUUUGGAAUUGUUGAGGAAUCACAUGCAAUGGAUCCAUAAGGUGAAGAUCCACCCGAAGAUGAUCUACAACAGGCCACCGUUGAACUGCCAGAAGUGUCAGUUCCGCUUCUUCACCGAUCAGGGCUUGGAGCGACAUCUGCUCGGCUCGCACGGUCUUGUCACAUCCAGCAUGCAGGAGGCUGCCAACAAGGGCAAGGACGGAGGUCGGUGCCCUGUGUGCGGGCGCGUGUACCAGUGGAAGCUGCUGAACCACGUGGCGCGCGACCACAACAUGUCGCUGAAGCCGGCCCACCUCUCCUACAAGUGCACCGUCUGCACGGCCACAUUCGGCAUGUACAAACAGUUCGAGAACCACGUCUACUCGGCGCACAGUGUGGUCGCCAAACGCGUCAUGGACAAGAAGGUGCCCUCAUCCUCCUCCUCCUCCGCCUCACAGGCCUCUGCUGGCAACAGUUCACAGAGCGAAUCACUGCUGAAACCAUUGAAGAUAAAUGAUGAGAUAACAAUCAUUCCCCACCCUCCUCGCUCCAAGACAAAACCUGGACCAGCCGGUCGACUCAACCCUUCGUCCAGCAAAGGAAAGAUCUAAUGCAACGUACUGUGCUAAUUGAUGGAUGAAAUUCUACACAUAAAUAUCUGAUACACAUAGGCUAACCACUUCAACAACAACACUAGCGGAAUCCAGCUGCGAAUUGAAUAUUAUUCUAGAAAGUGACGUCUAUCUCGCAGUUGAUGUGUAACGUAUUCCGUCGAUGUUUUAAUUUUAACGAUUCACUUUUUUGUUUCAUCAAUGAGAAUAGAAGUUUUUAUAUAUUUUGUUUUUAAAUAUAAACAUUUUUCAAUUAAAUUUAAUAUGCGGUAUAUCAUUUAUAGACAACCAGCGUAUGGUCGAUUCGUUCUUAGUGAUCACGUGGAGUGAGUGAGUGUGCAUGUGUGCGAUUCUAGAGAGAGAGAAGCGGAUGAAAGAUGAGGGAGUAGUUGUGCAAACGUUUACACAGACAUAACAAUUAAUUACUACGAAUAUAUCGAUAUUAGACAAAUUGCAAAUUAGAAUAUCUGAUGAAAGAUUAUUUCGUGUCGGUGAAGCGACGUUGUGAAUAGAUUUCAAUGGAUUAGUUGCCCUGUAUUUUCACGGUGUUUAUAAUACAGUCUAGUUGGCGUUUUCAGAUUCUUCACUAGUAAGACCAAAACCUGUUGAGUUAUUUUUUUAAUUAGUAGGUAGUUGCGAAGAGGCCGAGCAUUGAUUGUAUACAUAAUGAUGAUGAUGAUGAUAAUAAUAUUUUGAUGUUGAGGUGUAAGAGUGCGCGUGAGUGUUACAGCGGUUGGUUACUCUACCGUCUACAGUGAUUAUAAUGAUGAUUAUGAAGAUAUUAAUAAUUAUAAUAUAAUGAUUUUGUAGAUAAAACGGACUGCUAAGCUAUGUAAAAUAAGUAAUAUUGAUAUGAUUAUAUAUUGUAAUAAUGAGGAUAAUACUACUAUUGGAUUUAUUUACUAUUUAUAUGAGGAUUAACACUUGUUAUUUAUUAUGUGAAAUUUCAUUUUGUGAUCAUUUUAUACUCCAAAGUUUUUCACUUUCUGGAUUAGGGCUACCUGUAUUUACAUAAAAAUUAAAAAACAAAGUAUUCUUUUUAACAUUGGUUUUCACAACAUUUUUCAACUUGAAAGUUAUUUGCAAGUGAAUCACAUAAUUUUCAUUUGAAAGUGAUUUGAAAGUUGAACAUGUGAAAAAUUAAAAAAAAAGUUGAAAAGGGUACUUUGGAUUUGGAUUUCCAAGUUUUUUGUAAUGCUAUUUGUCAUGUUAUUUUAUGUGCACAACAACUUUAUAAAUGCUUCAUAAAGUAUUGAAUAAAAUUCUUUUCAUAAGCUGCAUUAGUGUAAAAUAUAUUUUUGUAAAUCUAUAAACAAUUUUGUUUUGUUGUUCUUCAAAUAAUAACUCGUCAUUCAUUA